CUUCCCUAGGUGCGAGCUGAGGUGUGUGAGUGUCGGGGACUAACGGGAUGGGAGGCCCUAGCCUGGACGACCCCCGCGAUCUGGGUCUGAAAAUCGGAGCCCUCGUCUCGUAGGAGGCGCGGGAAGGAAGGUAUUUUAGAGUCUCAAGAUGGGUAGAAAGGAUGCUUCCACUUUAAAACUUCCUGUUGAUCAAUAUAGAAAGCAAAUUGGUAAACAAGACUAUAAGAAAAACAGACCUGUUUUAAGAGCAGCCAAGUUAAAAUCAGAAGCCAAGAAAGCAGCGAUAGGCAUAAAGGAAGUUGGCCUUGUCCUUGCAGCUAUAUUGGUACUCCUGCUGGCUUUCUACGCUUUCUUUUAUCUUAAAUUAUCUGAUGAGGUUGGCCCUAUCCUGGAGGGGAAUGAAAAUUAGCAGCACAUUGAUCAUUGGAUCUCGGUCCCUUUUUGGAAAAGCAAAUGCCUUGGAUAACACUGUUUGAGAAUACUUUCAACAACAUUCUGAAGUUUUUCAAAGCAUGAAACUCUCAGAAUCUUUCAAUUGUUCUGCUUCACUUGGGAAACAUUUUUGAGGUUUAAGUGAAUAUCAAGCAAAGAUUCUCAUUUUACAAUGGAAUAUGUCAAGUUGCACUGGACAGU